UACAGUAAGAAGAGCUGUGGACCAUUAGUGGCCGUGGAACUGGCUCUUGGGAACCACCAGAUUGCUCCAUCAUGAUCCCUGCUCUCUUCAUCUUCUUCUUUUGCAUGCUUUCUAUCUUGUCAGGAAAAGAUGUUCAAAGGAAGAAUCAUCAGGCUCCCAAGAUUUCUAUCAAGCCUCAUUGGGCAGUCUCACUGGGAGACAAUGUCACCAUCAUCUGUGAAGGUCUUUUGUUUUCACUUCAAUAUUUCUAUCUAGAGAAAGAUGGGCAGGAAAUAAGCUCUAAAAACGGUAUAGGAAACACGGAUUUCCCAAUUGCUAAUGCAAACAGAGAGCAUGGAGGGAAUUACACCUGUUCUUAUAAGGACUUAAAGAGUCAAUCCAAGUCACAACCCAGUGAACCUGUGGAGCUGCUGAUAAGAGAUCCUGUUCUUCCUAGGCCCAGUAUCUACCUUUCCCCAAGCAGGGUAGUGGCCCUAGGAAGCAUCAUCACCAUUUUAUGCAUGGUCCAAGGUCCAAGUAAGAGGUUCUAUCUUCAUACAGGGGAAGAUGAAAAAACAAUGGAACCAUAUAAGGAUUUUGCUUUUCUCUAUGUUUAUAAUAUUAAUUGGGAUGAUGGAAAGAGCUACCAGUGCAGUUACAGUGCCCCAUCAGGAUUUUUCAUCUCAGAGCCCAGUAAUCCCAUGGAGCUCUUGAUAGUAGACCCUAAGCUUCCAAGACCCAGCAUCUCUCUGAGCCCCAUGGAUGGGGUUACUGUGGGAAGAAAUGUUACUAUUGAUUGCCUUAGCCAAGAUACAGCUAAGAACUUCUACCUCCAAAAGCUUUCAGACCCAUUGACUGAUGAACCCAUGCAGACUGAGGGUAGGAUCGGCAAGCUCUUACUCAACAAUGCAAGCGUGGACCACCACGGAAAUUACAGCUGCAGUUACCAGCCUAAAUCAGAACCUUUUAGAGUAUCGGAACUCAGUGACCCUGUGGAAUUGCUAAUAACAGAUCCUGAUCUUCCCAGGCCCAUGAUCUUCAUGAGCCCUACUGGGGCAACACGCUUGAGAAGCAACAUCACUAUUUACUGCAGUAUAAAUGAUUCAUUUGUGAUGUUCCAUCUUUAUAAGGCUGGAGAUCCAAUGACAUCACAGCCCAUGGAGGCAGAUGAGGAUAUGGCCAUGUUCUCCAUAAAUAAUGUGAGCGUGAAUGAUAGCGGGGUCUACCAUUGCUGCUACAGACCACCAUUAAAGUCUUUCUUCAUCUCAAAGCCCAGCAACCAGGUGGAGCUGCUGGUGUUAGAUCCUGGAGAAGCACUGCUGCAGAUGGAGCUCCCAGUCGUGUGGUAUAUUCCACUUACUGUUUCCUUCUUUGCUCAGAUCCCAGCUUACCUAGGCCUGAAAUCUCUCUCAACUCCAGUGGCCUGGCUGUCCUUGGAGGACAAGUUAAAAUCCAGUCCAUCUGUUCUCCUGGUUAGCACUCUUGCAGAGACACGGAGUGCUGCUGCAAUAUUGUGGCUGUUAGUACUCACAUAA